GGGACAUUGAGGAAGGCACGAGGGGAAAAGAAGCACGACCAGCAAGCCAACCAUGACAAGGAGAGCACAAAACCUCAACUCGUUGGUCCGCGGAAGGAUCAGACCUUCCAUGAACAAGUACAACUUGUUCAACCUGUACAAGAAAAGCAAGCCAAACUUCAGAAUCAUGACGUUGUAUCAACAGAAGUGGUCGUCUAAGCAGGAGACAAGAGGGUACCACGGUGAGCACAUUAAGGAAAACAGAUGGCAGAGCUUUUUUGAAAAGAAGUUGGAAGGUGUUGCCCAAUUGGACGCCUCGCUGAAGGGUAACGUUCCUUCCACUCCGAUGGUGCUACAGACGUUUGCGCCUUUGGAGAAGAGAUUGGACUAUGCGAUCUUCAGAGCACUUUUUGCGUCUUCAGUGAGACAGGCAAAGAAAUUCAUCUUGAACGGACAUGUCACAGUCAACGGUGUUGUCAUCAAGCACCCUAGCUUCAGUUUGACCCCUGGGGAUAUCUUCUCCGUCGAUCCCGAGAGAGUAUUAGAGGCCCUGGGUGCAAAGAAGCCAAGUUUGAAAGAGUCCUACAAGAUCGAUAAAAUGCAGGUGAUCAAGUGGCAGAGCUACGUUAACGAGGUGCAAAAUGACCCAAGGAAGGUGUGGGAAAAGAAGAUGGAGAAGCAGAAGAAGGUGAAUUCCUUGUACAAAAAUUACAACGUCAAUGGCGUACUCACCGAAAACUCGUUUGCAUCGACCGAUGCUGCAGAACGAAAGAAGAACAUGCAGGACUACAAGAUCAAGAAAAUGAAGGAGGUACAGAAUUCCAUCGACAGAAAAUCAAUCUUGAAAGACAUAAUAAAAACAAGUCCUGUUGAGAGUGCUGCUGCUUUCAAAGAGCAAUUUGGUGACAAGCUAGCUGCCAAGGCAUUUCAGGUCUACCAGGAGCUUCCAUCCGCCAUUGUGAAGUUGCAAACAGACAAGGAACUCGCUGCAGAACUGGAAAAAAUUGUGCCUUCCUACAAAGAUGGUAAGCCAGUUGGUGACUUUUACGACGACUCUAAUUUCAAGAAAAUCAGAUCUCAAUUGUCUGAACUUCAAACCGAAUACCUCGAAAAAAUCCGUCAAGAUUUCGAAGAAAAACCUUUGGCGCAGGAUGAGUUAAUCAAAAUCUGGAGCGAAAGCUUGACAAAACAUCCUAAACUCCCUCCAUUCAAUGAAGUCGAAGAGAAGGGUACCUAUUUUGUUAAGCUGCCAUGGCAACGUGGAAUGCACGGCUUGGCAGAUCCAUCCAAGUCAUAUUUCACUCCUUGGAAACCAAGACAGUUUUUACCUGUUUUUGCUGUCCUACCUAAGCAUAUCGAGAUAUCCUUUUCCACCUGUCACGCUGUCUAUUUGAGAGAUCCUGUUGCUAGACCUGGUGAAUCAGAAGUGAUUUCUCCAUUUGACGAAGACAUUCAUGAAAGAUCUUACAUGUACUAUUUAAAGAAUGGUAUGUGAUGUAUUAUAGAUUCCAUUUACAUUACCAUCUCCUGUAUAUAUAUGCCGUUUUAUAUAGUUCGAGUAAUUUACUUUCCAGUACGAAAAAGAGCACGACACCAUUGCACCCUACUUUUCUGA